UGCGGGAGAACAUCGACUCUUGCACCCAUGCUCCUUGUGGAUGCGCACGGUCAUGCAUGUAUACCCUGGAUCUCGGCUUCAGCAGAUUCACCGUGCACCACCGUGAUUGAGCAACGGCUUCGCUUUCUCUCACGAUACUUGAGAUCAAGGACCCAUCAAAAGGCCACGCAGUGUACAGCCAUGGCAGAAUCUCGCCCACCUCGAUUCUCGCUGGACAAUGUUCCUUCGCAGCACCCCAAGGUCCGGUUGGAAGUGUCUGGGGCCGACCUCGAAGCCCCUGAAGGAUGCACACCCUAUGUCCUCGUACAGCUCUCCCCGGCGCUGUUCGUCGACCCGUACGAAUUACCACCAUAUCGCUCCCUUUCCGAGGAGCGCGACCCCUCUACGAGUGUGUUCGUGAGCGUGACCCAGGUUCACAUCUUUGGAAAAACCGAGCUGGAGAGUGCCGUCGGCUGGACAGAUCCAAAGGGUGCUCGACGCAAGAUCGCAGCUCGUCGUGCGCCCCGCUCUGGCGCUGAUCUGCCGCACAGCCACGCCCUUAGUAGCGAAGCCAGCCAGGUGCUCUUCCAGUUGGAUCUAAAAGACCCCGCAAAUCCACAGCCGUACAGCUUUAAAGACACCAUGGACGCGCUGCUGCAUCUUAAGAUGUCGCCUAAGCCAACACGCAAGCAACAGUCAGCCAGCGAACUCGCACGGGUGCACACUCUGCAUCUUCCUCUACAUACACGGUACAUACCGCCGGUUCAGGAAAACGCAGGUGUCUCCGCUUCCGCGCCUUUGCCUGAUUGGAAGCUUCUGAUCAAGCAGGUAAUGGAUCUGCGGAAAGGGAAUUACGAAAAUGUGGAGCUGCCGGAACCACAGUACAUCUAUUCGUGCAUCGGUGAACCGAGUUAUGAAGAGACGUUCAAGAUGGACAGGGGCUGGAAAUACAUACAGCCUUCGGACUUGCUCCAAAAUGCUUGGGCUCAAUACAAACUCUCACCGCCUCUUCCAGCGUCGACAAAUCCUAAUAAUCAUCGCCUGCUGGCGCGCACCCAGUUAGGUACAGGCAUCUUGUCACUACCGCCAGCUGACGGUUGGACGCUCCCGAUACCUCGAGGCGACGCUUCCUUGACGACACUGACUCAGCUCAUCACUGCGUCUGUCAUCGGCUUGACAGCACUCUAUGCGUUCCUAUCCAUACGGUCGAGCGUAUCGCAGGUCGAACGCAGCGAAGCACUGCUUCGGAAACGAGCAGAGAGCAAAUCUCAAUAGUAAUUUAUAACUGUCCGCAUUCGCUUCAUGUGCUUUGCAUGUGUAUGUGAUACAAGAGAGCCAGUUGCAGCGUCCGUCUCCCCAUAACAGCGACAAUUGCUUCUUACAAAGCUUUGAGUUACCUCAGAACCUCGACAGGCGCGAAGGCGUUUUCGACACAGGCAUCGCACGAAUACCACCGCCAGAAGCGACUGGACGGCUCUUGAAGGCAGGUGCAUGUGGUUUCAACUUAUGUGCCGCCGGUGUAAUGUUCGUAUUGGCCCGCUUUGGCGGCACAGCUGGAGCAGGUGGGCCGAGCAGUGUCGCAUUCGGCUGGCCUUUGGUGGGCGAUGAGGAAGAUGCCUUUCGGUUCGUUCGGUGGACACUCCCACUGCUUCUGUCCGGAGGGACGAAUGCGAAUUGAUGGAUGUCUGGUACCGACCGAUUAGAGGACGGUUCGGAGGGCAGCUGCCUGGGUGGGGCUGG